AAUGUGGGAAACCGUACGCGAAGACGGUCUACGCGAUUCGCUUUGAAAAAAUACGUUGUUAAAAAAAAUUAUUGAAAAAACAGAGGUGAUUACAAGUUAACGUACGAGAAGUAUAGUGUGUUGUUACAUCGCGUAUACGUGAGAUUCGGAGAAAUGAGAAAUCGUGAAGGCUCCUGAGAUGUGGCUGAGAAGCGAGCAUGUAAGUAGGAGGCUGCGAGGCCGCCUAAGUACAGGAAGUAACAAUUCGACCAGCUCCAACCGUGUCUCUACCGGUAGAGUCCAAGGAGGCGGCGUACGCAAGCUCCCUACUGUAAACAAUAAUACUCAAAGAGUCAGCACAUCCAACAGAUGCUCAAGAUUAACCCGGUGGAGGCAAAGACCAACCAGUUUACUCAAAGAAGCUUGUAAAGAAAAUGUUUUGCACUUUGCAAAAUCACCUCCAAUCAGACGAGGUGAAAGAGGGCCGCGUCGUCGAAAAUGUAUAAAACGUUCAAUGAUAACGUCGACUCCUCUGAGGCGUGCACCGCCUCCCAAAGACGUAAUCGUCCCAACAAAAGCCUCGAAAGAAGAUUCAAAGGAAAAUUGGCGCAGUAGUAACCUGGUUAAUUUCCCAUCGAGCGACUCAACGAUACGUCCGCAGCAGCAAGAACAAACAUCGAGCAAUCUCGAGGGUGCAGAAGAUAUCAAACGAUCGAGCAGUCCUUGUCCUCAGGAAGUUUUGGCACAACUCAUGCCUAUUCACCAAGCCGAUUCAUUGGCUGAGAGCAUAGUCGCUGGGACAAAUACGGAUGAUAUAGCUCGUCUUUUGGAAGACGAGGAAAAUCGUGGUUGUUCCGCAGAUGAAUUGAUUAAAGGAUUUCGAAGCAACGAGACGAGUGACUAUUGGCAGGAAUCAGCGGCGGUUUUAUCAUCAGUAGUUGAUAUUUUAUCACUGCAUUAUUCGGCGAUCUGCGGUGACAAUCCAGAAUCCAUAGUUGAGGACGAAUUUUAUACAACAACGACGACAGCAGCGGUAAUGCAUAACAACGCGUCUUCAGCGACUUACAGCACUAGCGACGAUUCCUCCGGAAACAACAAUGACAACGUUGUAUACACGAGUGACACAGUUAACACGUCAUCUUCGAACUCAUCCCAGACCACGGCAUCUCGGAAUUACUUCGCAACGAAUGAAAAAUUCGCUUACACCGAUGAAAAUUUGGCGAAUGUCUCAAAAAAUCUCGAGUACAAUGUUCAAUCAACAGAUAUGUCGCACGUUGAAACAUCAAGAUACGAAACGUCCAGUAGUUAUUCGACGAGUAACAAUCAAGGCGUGAAAUAUUGCGAAAACUCAACGAGCAACAAUGUUGUUUAUGGCUGCACGGAAAAUUCAACGGGAAUGCCGCUGGCAAGAACGAGAGAAUGCUGCAUGGUAAACCCCGAUCCCAAUGGCAAUAUUGACGAGAGAUACGCCACGGAUAACGGCCAACACCAACAGUACAAUGAUGUCAAAUAUAACAUGGACGUCGGAGGCGAAGAAAUCGUUGAGAGUUGUGAUAUGGAGAACAUUGUUACGCAGGCACCGGAAGAUUGGCUACCUUUCGAUCCCUACGUAUUUAUCAAACAUUUACCGCCUCUUACCCCUGCCAUGCGAGCUAGAUGUCCCGCUCUACCGCUCAAAACUAGAAGCAGCCCGGAAUUCAGCUUGGUCCUUGAUUUGGACGAGACUCUGGUGCACUGCAGUCUACAGGAAUUAUCAGAUGCAGCAUUUCGUUUUCCAGUGGUAUUUCAAGACGUCACGUAUACAGUGUUUGUUCGUACACGCCCGUACUUUCGUGAGUUUCUCGAGCACGUCUCGUCGCUUUACGAAGUAAUUUUAUUCACGGCGAGUAAGCGCGUUUAUGCGAAUAAAUUGAUGAAUUUACUGGAUCCGACCCGUCGCCUCAUCAAGUAUCGUUUAUUUCGCGAACAUUGCGUAUGCGUCAACGGUAAUUAUAUAAAAGACUUGUCGAUUCUCGGCAGGGAUUUGUCCAAAACCGUUAUUAUUGAUAACAGCCCUCAGGCUUUUGGUUAUCAGUUGGAAAAUGGCAUACCGAUCGAAAGUUGGUUCGCCGAUCGUUCUGACAGCGAGCUUAUGAAAUUAUUACCGUUCUUGGAGAAUCUCGUCAAUCGGGGAGGCGACGUCAGGCCACGGAUUCGCGAACAAUUUCGUCUAUUCAGUUUUCUGCCUCCGGAUUAGACGGACGAAUAGAAAAAUUCUCCCCGUUCCCAACAAUUGUUGUUUUAGAUAUCAAAUUCUAAUGUCACCAGUCACAAAGAAAUGAUGAUAGCUUUGCGCGCAAAACAUUUUUCAAUCAUCAGAAGUUGAAAUUUGUUAUCCACCGAGAUUUUUAUCGAGAGUUCGUAACCUCAAAGGAAUUCGGACCUCGUUCUCAUCGAUUUUUGUUUCAUUUCGAAUUUUGUUUUUGCCUUCGUUCAACAAAUUUUUAAGAGAAUGGAUCAAUCGACUAACCUCACUUGAAAUUUUCGAAAUCGAAAUUCUUUGACACAGUUUGA